CUGGUGAACACCUUCUUCAGCUUCCUGAGGCGUAAGACGGAUUUCUUCACUGGUGGAGAAGAUGGAGUGGCAGAGAAGCUGAUCACAGAGACCUUCAACCAUCACAACAAGCUGGCCCAGAAGGAGAGGAAGGAGAAGAAGGCUCGGCAGGAGGCCGAGCGGCAGGAGAGGGCAGAGAGGGCUGCAAAACUGGCUAAAGAAAAGCAAGAAAGGAACCAGCCAAGCAUCAAGGAGCUCACAGAUGAGGAAGCAGAAAGGCUGCAGCUGGAAAUCAACCGGAAGAAAGAGGCACAAGAGCAGAUGAACGGUGUCCCAGUGAAACCCUCAGAGAAUGAAGGUGAAUCCUCAGAUUCUAACAAACAGGAAACAGAUGAGGAGGAGGAAGAUGAGAAGGAUAAAGGAAAACUUAAACCAAAUUCUGGCAAUGGAGCUGACCUUCCAAAUUACAGAUGGACACAGACCCUUUCAGAGCUGGAUCUGGCUGUCCCUUUCAAGGUGAACUUCAGGCUGAAGGGCAAGGACGUGGUGGUGGACAUCCAGCGGCGGCGCCUCAGGGUGGGCCUGAAGGGCCACAGCCCUGUCAUUGAUGGAGAGAUGUUCAAUGAAGUGAAGGUGGAGGAGAGCUCCUGGCUGAUUGAAGAUGGUAAAACAGUCACCGUGCACCUGGAGAAGAUCAACAAGAUGGAAUGGUGGAACAAACUGGUCUCCACAGACCCUGAAAUCAACACCAAGAAAAUUAAUCCAGAGAAUUCAAAGUUGUCAGACCUGGACAGUGAAACUCGUAGUAUGGUGGAGAAAAUGAUGUAUGACCAACGACAGAAAUCCAUGGGCCUGCCCACCUCUGAUGAACAGAAGAAGCAAGACAUCUUGAAGAAGUUCAUGGAACAACAUCCAGAAAUGGACUUUUCAAAGGCUAAAUUCAACUGAGCCCUCCCCUUCUCCCCCCCUCUUUCAGUCAGCCCAUCAAACUGGUGCAGGGCAGGAGGUCUACUGGAUGUCCCUCACCUUGGGCAAGUUAACCCCUUCCUUCCAGCACCACCACCCAUGCUUGUUGCAGAGGCAGCUUCACAAAGUCACCCUUGGGUGCCCUGUGUCGAGCAGA